AUGCUACAAAGCACAGAUGUACCCGGCAACUCGCCGCUGACUCAGUUACAGGUGAUUAUCCAGGGAGAUCCAGGUGACUACUUCUACGUGGUGGAAAAAGGAUCCUUCGACGUCUUUGUAAAUCCCGCUGGCUCGCUGCAGCCUGGAUCAGAAGGCCUGGGACAGAAAGUCGGCACUAUUGAGGCCGGCGGCUCCUUCGGCGAGCUGGCUCUGAUGUAUAACGCACCUCGCGCCGCCACAGUCAUUUCCGCCGAACCGAACUCUACAUUAUGGGCCUUGGACCGUCUGACAUUCCGUCGUAUUCUUAUGGAGUCGACUUUCGCGCGCCGGCGUAUGUACGAGAGCUUCCUUGAGGAGGUUCCUGUGCUGUCUACUCUGACGCCGUAUGAGCGAUCCAAGAUUGCCGAUGCGUUAGAGACUCAGAAGUAUCCGCCCGGAACAGAAAUCAUUCGCGAGGGCGAUCCUGGCACAGAUUUCUUCCUCCUCGAGAGCGGCGAAUGCGAUGCAUACAAGACUGGCAACCCUAAUUCCGUGAAACACUAUGCUAGGGGCGACUUUUUUGGUGAACUCGCUCUACUGAACGAUGCUCCCCGCUUGGCUAGCGUUGUUAGCAAAACUGAAGUCAAGGUUGCUGCGCUGGGCAAGUCAGCCUUCCAGAGACUACUUGGCCCAGUGGAGAGCAUCAUGAGGAGGACCAAGUACGAAGGCGUCAAGUCUGGUGUUGAGGAGAUGGAUCCGCUGCAAGCGGCAUAG